AUGUCUUCCCUCAGACUUAUGUUACGGCCUGUGGCAGCAUUCUCCUCUGCACCACGAACCCUCCCUCGACUUGUCCGAUUUCAAACCACCUCGAGCAGCAGCUAUGAAAACAUUCUCGUCUCGACUCCUAAACCUGGCGUUGGCCUCAUCACGUUAAACCGACCCAAGGCACUCAAUGCUUUGUCAAGCCCUCUGUUCGUCGAGCUCAAUGAUGCACUUAGAAAGUUUGAAGAGGACACAGAGAUUGGAGCCAUAGUCCUGACAGGAAGCGACCGAGCCUUCGCAGCCGGCGCCGACAUCAAAGAGAUGGCCCCUCUUACCUUCUCCGAUGCAUACGUAAACAAUUUCAUUGCACCCUGGUCCUACAUGAUGACGCUGCGCAAACCAGUAAUAGCUGCAGUCUCAGGCCACGCGCUCGGAGGUGGUUGCGAACUUGCCAUGAUGUGUGAUGUUCUCUACUGCACAAAGACCGCCAAUUUUGGACAGCCCGAAAUCAAACUAGGAACAAUCCCAGGAGCCGGCGGCUCGCAGAGAAUGACAGCAGCACUGGGAAAGAGCAAGGCAAUGGAGCUCAUUCUCACAGGCAACAAUUUGAGUGGUGAAGAGGCUGAGAAGCACGGCCUUGCAGCCAAAGCUUUUGAUGGCGGAAACAAGGAGGUCCUCGACGGGGCCCUGGAAACGGCGGCCAAGAUCGCGAGCUACUCACGGGUGGCAGUCAUCGCCGCCAAGGAGGUGGUCAACAAGAGUCAAGACCUGGGUAUCCGGGAAGGCGUGGAGUACGAGCGCCGUAUCUUCCACUCGCUGUUCGGCAGCCAGGACCAAAAGAUUGGUAUGAAAGCGUUUGCCGAAAAGAAAAAGGCCGAGUGGACUCAGUCAUGA